AUGGGUAUCACUUUCUCGCGGCUGUUUGACAGACUAUGGGGUCGCAAGGAGAUGCGAAUCCUGAUGGUCGGUCUUGAUGCCGCCGGUAAGACCACCAUCCUCUACAAGCUCAAGCUUGGUGAAAUCGUCACCACCAUCCCCACGAUCGGCUUCAACGUCGAGACCGUCGAAUACAAGAACAUUCAGUUCACCGUGUGGGAUGUCGGUGGUCAGGACAAGAUCCGUCCUCUGUGGCGCCACUACUUCCAGAACACCCAGGGUAUCAUCUUCGUGGUCGACAGCAACGAUCGGGAUCGUAUUGUCGAGGCCCGUGAGGAGUUGCAGCGCAUGUUGAACGAGGACGAGCUCCGUGACGCUCUCCUCCUGGUCUUCGCCAACAAGCAGGAUCUGCCCAACGCCAUGAGCCCCGCCGAGAUCACGCAGCAGCUUGGUCUCCAGAGCCUUACCCGCCGCUCCUGGUUCAUCCAAUCUACUUGCGCUACCACUGGUGACGGUCUGUACGAGGGUCUCGAAUGGCUCGCCGAUGCGCUCCGCAAAUCCGGACGUGAUUAA